AUGAGCUAAGGUUUUGGAAACUAAUUAAAGGAAGAUUUUGUAAUUGAACCUGGAUACAUUUGUGUUAAUCACAGUAGCUUUGGUUACAUUCCAAAAACUGUCUUAAAAAAAAGAAUUGAGAAUUAGAAGAGAUUUCUAGAGAAUCCAGAUAGUUUUGUUCGGUUUUUGGUUCCAAAAGAGUCCCCAAUAGCAAGAAGAACAGCAGCAGACUUUUUGAAUGCAAACUUUAAUCAAUGUUAUUUCACUAGUAAUUCAGCCGAGUCCAUGAAUAGCAUAAUCAAAAGUUUGAAGUUGUCUGAUAAGGAUACAGUACUGUAUUUGAAUAUAGCCUAUCCAAUGGUGUAGAAUGUGAUAAAAUACAUUAAUACUCAUGAAAAAGUGAAUACGUGUAGGGUAGAACUUAAAGUGGAGGAUUUGGAUAAGGAAAUAAUCUUGUCAUUGAUAGAAGAAAAUAUGAAGACAAAGAAGAUAACGGUAGCUAUAUUGGAUUAUAUUUCGUCACUGCCCUCAAUAAAAUUGCCAACGAAGGAAUUUGUAGAAUUAUGCAAGAAAUAUGACGUAAUAAGCAUAAUAGAUGGUGCUCAUGGGGCAGGAAUCAGUGAAAUCGACCUCAAGGAUUUAGACCCUGAUUUCUUUUUCACAAAUUUAAACAAAUGGGCAUUCUGUCCAUGCAGUGUUAAUUUAUUAUAUAUGAAAGAGAAAUAUUUGAAUUAAAUACAUAAUAAUACUAUAUCAGUAUUUUACGGUGCUGGAAUUGAGAAGGAAUUUGAGUAUUAUGGCACUAGGGAUUCAAGUGUUAUACUUUCAGUGGUGGACGGAAUAAAUUAUAUUAACUAAUUUGGUCUUAAAAAUAUUAUUUAAUAUUGUGAAAAUUUAGCAUGGGAAGGCAGUGAAUUGGUUGCUAAAAUUUGGGAAACUGAGUUGAUGGUUAAAGAAAAAAGGAUGCAUUCCGCAAUGGUGAAUGUAUUGGUACCACACAAGGAUCACUCUUAUGUAUUGGAAUGUUAGAAAACGUGCUUUGAAAAACACAAUGUAUUAGUGAUUGUCUUUGAGUUCGAUGGAAGAUCUUGGGCUAGAUUUAGUGCUAGCAUUUACAAUUGUUUAGAGGAUUAUGAGUAUGCUGCACAGUAAUUCUUAAAUGUGUUAAAGAAAGAGAGAUGA